AAGAAAAUCAGCGGCAGCAAAUGGCAGCCUCUGCUAUGAUCUAAACACAGGCACACAGAAUCUUAUAGAACCGUACCAAGAGGGGGGAAAAUGGUGGCGAUUUCGCUGUACAGGGGGAACCUUCACAGAGUCCCGGACGUACCUCGUCGAUGGCUGAUGCCAACCCGUAAAAUCUCUCUCAAAGACUUCAAAUCCCUCUUACACCGCCGCUCCCAGGCCCUCACCCGCCUCCGUUCCUCCACUAACGGCAUCGCCACCACUUCAAAUCAUAACCCUAACGCUGAUAAACAGGAGAACGCGAGUCCAGCUGCGCUUAAGUUGGAAGCCGCCGAGAGGACUAAUCGUGAAGAGGAGGGGACUAAUCGUGAAGAGGAGGGGACUAAUCGUGAAGAGGAGGGGACCUCCAAAGGUUCAGCUUCUAAGGAGGUCAAGGAUCAGAAAACAUUGGAUUGUGGUGACUGCUCGGCCAAAACAAAGGGCUUGUCGGAGUUGUCGCUUCCUGAGAAAGCCGAGGAUGAGGCGGUUAAUGCCGAUGGGAAUUUUCAGCCUGAAAAGAUGGAUUUGUGUGCUAAUCCUGAUACGGAGAUGUGCAAAGCUGAUGUUGUAAAUGAUAAAGAGAAAAGGAAAAAGGAAGUUGAGGAUAAGUUACUAGUUUUGAAUGCCAAGAAGCAUAAUCUUGUACAAGUGCUAAAGCAGAUCUUGAAUGUGGAGGAGGAAUUAAAGAGACGAAAUAGCAUGCAAGGAAUGGGAAUUCGUCCAUCCGUCCCUUUUCAAGUGGAUGUUGCUAAUGAUUCUGGGUCGAUGAGUAGGCAUAAUACUCCUAGGAUGGGUUCAGAGGGAAAUCUUGGUGGUGACAUGGAUGGGGGAGAAACUGAAGAUGUUUCAAAUCCUAGUAAUCAUUCUCGUCAAAUACAUCGAAUGAGCAGUACAUCUCCAUCAUCAGAGUCUCCACUAAGAAAGCCUCCUUAUAUUCAGCACAAUGUGGUUCCAUAUCCCUCUCGACCGAGUUUAGGGACCACUAGUAGUCCAUCGCGCUUUGCUCCAACAGGACAUCAAGUUCCUGCUGCGAUUGUACCAAUGGUAUCUGUAUCAGGAACAAAUUACAUUGCAUCCUCUCCUUCCCCUGCUGCAUCUGGUGGCACCUCAGCAUUUAGAGAUGCUCGGCAGCCGAGUCCAUGGAAUUAGAAGCUAUGAACUAACAUGAUUAGAUAUUUGGCUCUGUUUAUGCAACUUUUACUUAUUGAUCGGUAGCCAUAUUUAGCAUACAUGGGUAUAUCCUCGUUGUCACUGUGUUUUAUCCCUAUGGCCAAUUCAUUGUAAAUGUAGCACCGUCCAUUCAUUACUAGUUGUGUUCUUUGCAAAGUCUCAGAUUCAAACACUGACCGGCAUUGCAAAUUUGAGCUG